UGUGGCCACUAUUACAGCUUGUUUGCUAGCAUUUACCAGUAGAAUGCAUUUUGUAUGGGUGUCGGCAUCACUACCAAAAUUAUAUGCAACCGAUUCCAUAAUACCCUUAACCAUGGAAGAAGGUUCAUGGAUUGCUUCUAUUGAGGUGCUUGCUGAAUUACCCGGCGCAAUCUUAGGAGCCUUUUGCGCAGAUUAUUUUGGUCGACGUUCCACUUUAUUAAUGAGUGGAGUGCCAUAUUUGAUUGGAUGGAUUUUAAUUGCUGUAGCAAGAAAUGUAUCAACGUUGAUGCUAAUCAAGCUUUUAGUAGGUGUAGCUGACGGAUCUGUGUUUACAGUUUUACCAAUGUUUGUAGGAGAAAUCGCCGAGGACGAUAUUCGUGGAAAAUUAGGGAAUUCUAUGACAGUUAUUAUGAAUUUAGGCGCACUAUUUUUAUAUAGUGUUGCCCCAUGGUUAACAAUUCGAGCGAUGGCAUUGAUUGCAAUGUUUAUUCCUGUAGUUUUUCUCAUCACUUUCUGGUGGGUACCAGAAACGCCAUAUUAUUUACUCAUGGUAAAAAAACAUGACGAGGCCAAGAAAUCUUUACAACGGUAUCGUGGCUUGACGAAUGUGGAUACUGAAUUUGAGGAUAUGUCAAAUAUCGUUGAAUGCCAAAUGUCUCAAACAUCUAAUUGGUCCGAUUUGAUAAAAAACAGAGCUUAUUUCAAAGGUAUGGUUGUUAUGAUUGGUUUAAAUACUAUAAGGAUGAUGAGUGGUAUAUUUGCCAUUCUAGUUUUUGCUGAACUUAUAUUCUCUAAAGCAGAUGGUUUUUUUAGUGGUUCUAUUUCUGCGAUAAUGUUUGGUGUCGCUCAAUUUUCAAGUGAUUUUUUGGCAAUGUUACUCAUUGACAGAGUUGGACGUCGUCCUCUGCUGAUUAUUUCGUUGAUUGGAUGUUCCAUUGCUUUAAUUGGACAAGCUGUGUACUUUUAUAUUCAAGUCCAUAGUAUUAUAGAUUUAGAAGCUUAUGGGUGGGUUCCAGUGACAGUGCUAAUUAUUUACAUUACUAUGUAUGGAGUUGGAUUGGGUGCAAUAUCUCUCACGAUGCAAGGUGAAAUGUUUCCAACAAAUAUUAAAGCGAAAGCGAUGUGUAUUAUUGAUGUAUUUUAUGGACUGGUAGGAUUUUUAGUUGUACAAUUUUAUCAACCAACAGCGGAAAUUUUUGGCAGUCAUAUACCAUUUAUUAUAUUUGCUAUAUCAUGUAUUUUCGGUAUAUUUUUCACAAUAUUUAUUGUACCCGAAACGAAAGGUAAAUCGUUGGAAGAUAUACAAAAUUUAUUGAAAAAUUCAAAAAAAGUGAAGAAUUCAAACAGAAACCAAGGCUCUUACUUACAAAAUCCACAGGUCCCAGCUCACACAUUACAAAUAAAUUCACGACUGACCAAAAUUCAAACAGAAUUUGUUUGAAUAAGUUAGAAAUCAGCGACCAACAAAAUUAGUAUCGUUCUUGCAGUCUUAUUGUUAGUCUUGGUCUUGAAAAAUUUGCACGGCCAAGACUAAGACCAAUAUAGUCGGAAAGACCAAUAACCAAAUUAAGCAACAAAGAAUCAAGACCAAGACGAAACUCUGCAAGACCGAGACCUAACUCUACAAAACCCAGACUCAUAACAAGACUUUUACCAAAGUUAUGGUUAAAAAUAAUUCUAAAUUCUAGAAAAACCAUCUCAUAAAAACCAAGUUUUUAUUAUACUCCCUUUAUUAUUAUUUUUUAUUAUUUUUUUAUUGAUUUUUUUUCCUU